AGUUGCUCUUCUCACUGCAUUUGAAGCAGUAGAUAAAAUAUUUACAUUUACUGUUCCUUUAACUACCAGAACUGUGUCAAGCAUUUUGCAGGCCUCCGGCGACAAGAAGGCUUACGCAGCUCGCGUCAGAUAUGAUGCACUAUCCAUGUCCCCAGAUGGGAUAUCAGAUUACUGUACAGGACUGAGAGCCAUAAUCCUAUUAACACUGAACCCAAUAAAUCCAGUCACAUAGGUGGAGUGGAUCAGAGUUUUCCCACUAGGGAGUGCAUGAAAGGGCUGCUCACCAUUUAGAACUGCUGCUGGAUAUGUAAAACCACUUUGUAUUGGGUGGUUCACAAACUCCCCCAGACAGCUGGCAUCACCAGGACUUUUACCCAUCUGCUGAAAUAUUUGGAGCAGGAACAUAGUCACAAUGAACCUAGAACCUGCAAAGUCAGAACUCAAGUCAGCCACUCGUGUAACAGGGGGACCAGCCACCCCCAGGAAAGGACCACCCAAAUUUAAGCAGCGACAAACCAGGCAGUUCAAAAGCAAACCCCCUAAAAAAGGAGUGCAAGGAUUUGGAGAUGAUAUCCCUGGGAUGGAGGGGCUUGGAACAGACAUCACCGUUAUUUGCCCCUGGGAAGCCUUCAACCACCUGGAACUACACGAGCUGGCCCAGUAUGGCAUCAUUUAGCAAGCUCCCCAUCUUGCUUCUCCUGCCACUCUCCUUGCCCAUGGCUAUAUCAAUGGCCAUUCAUUACAGGGGAGGUGUUUCACUCUUCGGCUCUUUCUUGUUCUGGGGUUCAUGAACCAGUCUGUCAGCUUUCUGCUCUGGUACCAUCCCAGCUAAAUAGAAUGCUGUACGGAAACGUACUCCAGACGCAAUUUGUUUGAUAGCUCUUUGACUUCAUUGUGUUACAAUAAAAUCUUCAGAAAGAGGUUUCAUUUAUAAUCCUAUCAAUUUGUAGUAAAUACCACUAACCCAUCAUCUUACAUCGCCAACAGAUCCCAGUGUGCAGUGACAUAGCCCUAUUUCCUUUUAUAAUCAAUGAUCCAUGAAUGUCAUUUUUGCCCAGUUUUAUCUUGUUGAUAAGUGAUACGAUUAUUUUCUAGCAUACGUCGUAUACUGAUCUAGAGAGCGUAAUGCCCAUUCAAACAUAUAGCUUUAUUUAACCAUUGUAUCUCAGUGCUAAUCCUAUUACAUAUAACCUCUUUACUAAUACUCUUGUAAAACAAUGACCUUUAACCAUGGUAGUGAGACAUACUAGGAUAAAGGAUUCCUGUUGAUAAUAAAGACAAAACAGAUGAUAA